AAAUACAUUGGCUCAGCAUUAAAGUAACGCAUACUUGAUGUCGAAAAUCCUGGGUUCUGAUUUUCAAACAUGCACUUCCUUAGUCAGCCAGCAGAUGUCACUGUUUCACAAUUUAUAAGGGGAUGGGGGUUUUCUUGAGCGCGUGAUCACUUCUGGAAGUUGAGGAAUCAUGACUAGCGAAAGUGGACAGCUUCCAUCGAGAACCGGAGCGGUCGUGCUGCCCACGUCCAGCAGAACCGUUCAGCACCCCUCCUUCAUGCCGCUGUCCGCGCGCCACCAUGGAGGAGCUGCACUCUAUCCCAUCCUUCCCGAGGAAGUCUUCUUUAUUGAUCCCAGCAUGCACUGCAGGGAGAGGAUCCCCAACUUACUGACCCGGAUGAGGGCUUUUGAUUUCUCCAGGCUCAACACCCCACAGCCCAUCAUGUCGUCCUGCCCGGCACCACCGAACCACCCGGAUCCGUUCAGAUCUGGACCCCAUCCGACCAGAGACCUGGGCAGCCUCACCUGGACGGGGUGUGGUCCGGACACCCACCUGCAGCCUCCUCGGGCGAUCAUCCAGCUUUCACAAGAGGAGGACCAAGCCGUUACUAACCUGUUGAAACUGCACCACCAAGAGGCCACGGGAAGCAACUACACCCAGCAAACGGGAGACUUUACAAAUGUUUUCAACUCUGCAGCACCCAUGAGCCCCACAGCUCUGCUGAACCACCAGAGGUCAAAGGUCAGGAGGUCCAAGGAACUGACUGAUUUGGAAGGGAACGCCGUGCACGUGCUUCUCAGCCUCGGAGAUCUUCAGUAACACAUGAGCGGAUUUAUUUAAUAUACAACCAAAUAUAUUAUUUCCUUACUUUAAGUGUUCCAACAUAAAGUUGUGACAAAAGCUUGACAAAAAAGUGUUUUUAUUUAAAGUUGAAGGAGCUUCUGUCUUCAUUUACAUUUUAUACAUUUGCAGUGGAUGCAGAUCAGACUGUGACCAGCAGAGGGAGCUGCAGGACAGCACACAUUAGCAUGUUGGUGAAAACUCAUGCUUCAGCACAAACUAAUGUGCAGUUUUGUUUGUUCGUCAGAGGAAAUAAAAGUGUUCAGAACUUUU